UUGAAGCUCGUUCUUUUCCGCCAUAUUGGCAACUGCAAGAUGGCCCAACGACUUACUUUGAGGCGACGUUUGUCUUACAACACAAAAUCCAACAGCAGACGAAUCUCAAAAACACCAGGAGGUAAACUUGUAUACCUUUACACGAAAAAGAGAGGUAGUGUGCCAAAAUGUGGUGACUGUAAAAAGAAACUGCAAGGGUUGCCGGCAGUUCGUCCUAGGAAACUUAAACAACUAUCCAAGCCUAAAAAGACGGUUUCAAGAGCCUACGGAGGUUCCAGAUGUGCCCAGUGUGUGAGGGAAAGAAUUGUACGGGCAUUUUUAAUUGAAGAACAGAAGAUUGUUGUUCGCGUAUUAAAGGCGCAAAGUGGAAACAAGGGAAAAGGCCAAUGAAUUGUUUAAAAUAAAAAUACAUAUUCUUUAUGUACAAA